AGAAUUCCGGGCGGAAUUCCGCGGUGUGAACUUUAACAUUAGUGUGAACGGGUUUCCGCGAGACCCGUUCACACUGCGGAAUUUCAGCGGCGGACAUUUCCGCCGCUGAAAGUGUUCCGCGCAAAGAAAGAACAUGUUCAUUCUUUGCGCGGAUUCCGCGAGCACUACAUAGCUGUCAAUGGUGACGCCUCAGUGCCCCGCGGCCCUAGCGCCGAAGUACUUUCAUCCGCGAGAAAUCCGACGUGUGAACGCACCCCAAGUCUGAAAUUUUGAGGGUAAAAUGUGAGUGAAUGGGUCUUCCAUCAACCAAUUCACACUGCGGAACGUUCUAGAUGGGAUUUCUGUCCAAAAAAUUCCGUUCUAAAAAUUCUGAACUCACUCAACGUUCUGUCGGAAUCCGCGCCACAGACAUUGCCGUCUAUCGGGGAGGCCCCACUCGGAAUAUUGUCUGUAGUGUGAACAUGGCCUAUGAGGAAACCUGUGAGGAGAACUGGAGAUUAUAAACUCCAUCAUUGCUUUUGGUUGCUAUGGGCAACAAGGCCACUUUCCCUCAGAGAUUUGCUAAACUUUAUAUAAACACAGACAAACGAACACUCAGCCCGGUUUCUGUCUUCGAAAUUUCCCCACGUGAUAAGUGACGUCAUUUUACCGACUACCACCUGACAGCCGCCUCGGGUAUUACCAAUACAAGUCCAGACAAGUCCCGGGAAGCCCCGCGCUCGCCUUCUCUCCCUCCCCGUACACGUCCAGUCACGCCCGGGCAGGAGACACAGUGCGCAGCCCGGACAUUACACACUGAUGGGGGGAAAAAAACCGCAGCUAAACCGCAGCCAUACAAAUACACGGAACCCCCUGGAUUCCACGGUCCUGACUCGUUACCCACCCACGUGUCUCCGCUUCCGCAUUCUAACCACGCCCAUUUCGUCAAGGAACCACGCCCACCCAGCUGACUCGCCGCGGCCACGCCCAGAAAGUGUGUUUGCUCUGGAGUGAGAGGACGGGGAGCGGAGGAGUGCGCACUCAGCGUCUCGGACGGGACUUGGAAAUAGCUAAUGCCUACGGUGCGGGAGGAAGAGCCGGAUGACCUUGGACAACGCCAAUAAGCAGAUAUGGCAUCUGUAAACAAAAAUGGUAGCAACUCGCGCCUGCAAAGCCGGAAACCGCCCAACCUCUCCAUUACUAUCCCUCCUACAGAAGCCGAGCGGGAGGCCAAGCAGUUACGGCCUCUUACCAAACCACUGUACCAAAAGAGCGUCAGCCUGCAAGAACCAAGGCGGGUAGAAGAUGGCGCCGCAGGGGAUAGGCCGGGCUUCAGAAGACAGACGUCACUUUCACAGAGCAUAAGAAAAGGCACGGCGCAGUGGUUCGGCGUGAGCAAUGACUGGGAAGGGAAGAGACAACAGUGGCAGCGCAAAAGUCUUCGCCACUGCAGCCUCCGCUAUGGAAAACUUAAACCCCAGUACCAAAGGGACAUGGAGCUGCCGAGCCAGGAAACGCCAUCUUUCCAGACCACGGAGUCUCCUGCCACCUGCCGGCUGCCCAAGAUUGUGGACCCGUUGGCGCGAGGACGUGCGUUUCGACAUCUGGAUGAGGUGGACCGGCCGAGAACCCCCCACACGGGAGUGGCCCCGGUGACUCCUGGAAUGAUGUCGCUGACGUCUUUCACCAGCGUACGGUCGGGGUACACCCGUUUGCCACGACGUAAGAGGGAAAGCGUGGCACACAUGAGCUUCCGUGCUGCAGCUGCUAUUAUUAAGGGUCGCCCUAUACUGGACACCCCCCACAGCCGAAAAGCUGGGCAGAAGUCCAGCUUUGCUUAUCCUAGUUAUAUGGAUGAAGAUACAGUAGAUGGUCCAGACACACUUGAUUCCUCCUUCUUCAGUAAGGUUGAUAUGCACGAUGAAGCAUUCUCCAUGCCUGAUGAUGUCUUUGAAUCUCCUCCCCUAUCUGCGGCUUUUAGGGCUCAAAUGCCGACUCCUGAAGAUAAGUCAGAGGGACCCAUCACUACUGCUAAAGAUUUGAAGCCAUCUCCGACUUUACCGGGCCACCCGCGUAGAGGGAAGCGCAUUGCGUCUCAGGUCAAGCAUUUCGCGUUCGACCGGAAGAAGCGCAGUUAUGGCUUGGGAGUGGUGGGGAACUGGUUAAAUAGGACGUACAGGAGGAGUAUCAGCAGCACUGUGCAGACCCAGCUGGAACAUAUCGACAGCCACAGGCCUUAUUUCACUUACUGGAUCACAUUUGUUCAUUUGCUUAUCACUCUUUUAGCCAUUGGUACAUAUGGCAUCGCCCCCAUUGGAUUUGCACAGCACACCACCACCGAACUGGUCUUACGGAAUAAAGGUGUAUACGAAAGUGUCAAGUACAUACAACAAGAAAACUUCUGGAUAGGUCCGAGCUCCAUCUCUCUCAUCCACUUGGGCGCCAAGUUUUCCCCCUGCAUACGGAGAGACGUCCAAAUCGAGAACCUGAUAAAAAGAGAACACGACCUGGAACGCCAGUCCGGCUGCUGCAUUCAGAAUGAUAAUUCCGGCUGCGUACAAACACAACGUCGGGAGUGCUCGGAAACCUUGGCUACUUUCAUAAAGUGGCCGGAACAUAAUGCUCCUUUGCUGUAUGAGAAGGAUGGUGAGAGCAGAGUGUCUGGUGCAGUGUGUCAUCAGGACCCCCGGACUUGUGAAGAGCCUGCAUCCAUUACCCCCCACGUCUGGGCCGAUGACAUCACUAAGUGGCCGAUUUGCACGUACCAACCCAAAAACAACCACACUGGCUUGAAACACAUGGAUUGUGAAAUCAAAGGAAGACCCUGUUGCAUUGGGACCAAGGGAAGUUGUGAAAUUACAACAAGGGAAUACUGUACCUUCAUGCAUGGUUACUUCCACGAAGAGGCCACCCUUUGUUCACAGGUCCACUGUUUGGAUGAGGUGUGCGGCUUACUGCCAUUCCUAAACCCCGAAGUCCCUGAUCAGUUUUACAGACUGUGGCUCUCGCUUUUCCUUCAUGCUGGGAUCAUCCAUUGUUUGGUGUCGGUGAUUUUCCAGAUGACGGUCUUACGUGACUUAGAGAAGCUGGCAGGCUGGCUUCGUAUCUCCAUCAUCUAUAUUUUGAGUGGUAUUACAGGGAACCUAGCCAGUGCCUUAUUCCUGCCCUACAGGGCUGAGGUCGGUCCAGCAGGAUCUCAGUUCGGUCUUCUGGCGUGCCUCUUCGUUGAACUUUUCCAGAGCUGGCAGAUCUUGGCCAAGCCUUGGAAGGCAUUGUUAAAGCUUUGUGGCAUCGUUCUCUUCCUGUUCCUCUUCGGGCUCCUUCCCUGGAUUGAUAACAUAGCCCAUAUUUUUGGUUUCUUGAGCGGUCUUAUGCUCUCUUUUGCCUUCCUCCCCUACAUUACGUUUGGCAAUGUCGACAAGUACCGCAAGAGGGCGAUGAUCAUGGUUUCUUUGAUGGUCUUCAUUGGUCUUUUUGCCUCUCUAGUCAUCUGGCUCUAUGUUUAUCCCAUCAACUGGGCUUGGAUAGAAUAUCUCACUUGUAUUCCCUUCACCAACAAGUUCUGUGAGAAAUAUGACAUAGACCAGGUGCUCCACUAACUUUCCGAAUCGUGGCGGCUACUUGAACAAAGAACUUGAAGGUCCUGAAGAUCUCAGAAGUCUGAGCUCGGAUUAAAACUCUUGGAUUUUUCUAUCCGUUUCGACGUGACUAAUGUGAAUGACCACUCUGGGCAAUAGGUACUUGAUCUUUUUAUUUAGUGCCAGUAGUGACCUGGACGUCUCUGAGCCAAUUCUAGAGUUAGUCCAAAUCUCAGUGCCUACAAUGGAUCCCACUGAUUUGAUGGUGGAUGUUAUUUGGAGGCGCCAAAGGAGGGUGAAUGAGCUUUGCCAAGACUGGAAGACCUCACCAGCUCAGGAAUCACCCCCCCUAACUUAUGCAUUAGGUGUAAAACCCUCAACAGCAGAGGUAAUGUCCAGCAUGGUCAUAUUUAAGAACAGCAACAGCUGAGAGAAUGGGAACGUUUUUUACGAAGAAAACCCUAAAGCUCCCGUUCCAGGUUGUUGCCGUUUUCUGGUAGAAUCGCUGCCUCUACGGAUCAAUGAGUCUCACUCCAGUUUACAGACAAAACUCUAGUAUAGAGAAAACAAUAGGGGAAACACUAGGCCCUGCCUAAGAGACUGUCAUAAUAAAGUGCACAUUUACUAGGGCCAAAGUAUAGUUACAUUUCAACCUCAGAGGAACUCUAGGCCUAUACAUUUCUAUGUAACUCCACCUUCUCCUAACCCAAAUUUAUACCCUUGACCAGUUCCCUAUUUUCAACAGGUGAAGACUAAACUAGUCUGAUGGAUGUUCCUUUCUGGACCUCCAUGUUUUCAAGGGCUGUGAUCACAUUCUGGGCGUGCUUGCACUUCGCAGGGGUUACGGGGGUGCUUGCAUCAUACAAAUAUAGGUUCAUGUGGGGCAGUUAACCAACAUUGGACUUAGAGGGGUACUCCGUUGCUCAGCGUUUGGAACGCUGGAGCCGGCGGUGGGUAGCUCGUGAUGUAAUAGCCCCGCCCCCUCGUGACAUCACGUCCCGCCCCCUCAAUGCAAGUCUAUGGGAGGGGGCGUGACGCCCCCUCCCAUAGACUUGCAUUGAGGGGGUGGGGCUAUGACGUCACGAGCUCCCGGCUCCAGCGCUCGGAACAGUUUGUUCCAAACGCUGAGCUACGGAGUACCCCUUUAAUGAUGACAUAACAUGCACUUCGCCCAACCAAAAUUUACAGCCUUCGCCCAUUACUGAUCAAGACUGAACUAGUCAGAUGGAUGUUCCUUUCUGACCCUCUACAACUUUAAGGGCUUUUAUGACUUUAUGGGCAUGCUUGCACGUUGCAGGGCUUACGGGCGUGCUUGCAUUAUUCAGGAACACCCUGUAUACAUUUAUAGGUGAGUGUAGGGUAAUUUACCAACAUUGUCCUAAAUUAUCACAAUAAAGGGGAACUCCGGUACUUAAAGGGGUUAUCCAGGAAACAUUUAUAUUUAUAUAUAUAUAUAUAUAUAUAUAUAUAUCUCAACUGGCUCCAGAAAGUUAAACAGAUUUGUAAAUUACUUCUAUUAUUAAAAAAAUCUUAAUCCUUUCCCGUACUUAUGUGCUGCUGAAGUUGAGUUGUUCUUUUCUGUCUAAGUGCUCUCUGAUGACACGUGUCUCGGGAACUGUCCAGAGUAGAAGCAAAUCCCCAUAGCAAACCUCUUCUACUCUGUGCAGUUCCCAAGACAAGCAGAGAUGUCAGCAGAGAGCACUGUUUCCAGACAGAUAAGAACAACUCAACUUCAGCAGCACAUAAGUACGGGAAAGGAUUAAGAUUUUUUUAAUAGAAGUAAUUUACAAAUCUGUUUAACUUUCUGGAGCCAGUUGAUAUAUAAAAAAAUAGUUUUUUUCCUGGAAUACCCCUUUAACAAUUUAUCCCCUAUCCACAGAAUAGGGAAUAAAUUGUUGCCCGGCACCCGACUCCCAGCACUGAGCUGUGUUCAUCACGCCUCCUCCAUGCAUCUCUAUGGGAGAGCCAGACAUAGGUGAACGCUGUAAAUGCGGCUCUCCCAUAGAGAUGCAUGGAGAGGACGCGUCGGCCAUUGCCCCAUGCGAUGGUCGACACAGCUCCUUGCACGGAGCCAGGGUGCUGGGCAGGAGGGUACCAGUGAUCAAACACCCCGUGAUCAGACACUUAUCCCCUAUCGUGUCGAUAGGGGAUACGUUAAAGGAGUACUAUGGUGCUUUUUUUUUUUUUUUUAUUAUUAACCCUCCGUGCCCGGGCUGCC